AUGGGGCCCCAGCCGGCUGUGACUGACUAUAGUAAAGCCACAAAUGUAAAGUAUCUUUUUGAUUUAAUUGGAGAAACUGUACAGAAAAAAGCCAAGGAAAAAGCAGAUGUUGCUUCUAGAAAAUAUUUUGAGGAAUUGCAUGGAGAUUUGUCAAAAGCAACAUAUAAGAAAGAUAAAAAUCCUGAAGGAACAACACCACCAAACCCAUGCAAACUCGAAUAUCAAUAUCACACUAAUGUUACUAAAGGUGAGGAUAAAGAGUAUCCUUGUCUUGGUAGAAAAACAGUUCGUUUUUCUGAUAAAGAAGGAGCAGAAUGUUACAAGACAAAAAUAAAAGAUAGUACUACAGAUACAGUAGGAGCAUGUGCUCCGUAUAGACGAUUAUAUAUGUGCGACAGAAAUUUAGAACAUAUAGAACCUACGAAAAUAACAACACAUAAUUUAUUAUUGGAUGUGUGCCUUGCAGCACAAUACGAAGGACAAUCAAUAUCACAAAAUCAUGGAAAACAUCAACUAAGUUAUCCUGAUUCUCCUUCCCAAUUAUGUACUGAGUUAGCACGAAGUUUUGCAGAUAUAGGUGAUAUUGUCAGAGGAAGAGAUCUAUAUCGUGGUAAUAAUAGAGAAAAUGAUAAAUUAGAAAAGAAAUUAAAAGGAUAUUUUAAGAAAAUAUAUGACAAUUUGGUUGAGAAGAAGAAGGAGGAAGCAGAAACAGACUACAAAGAUGAUGCUCCAGAUUUUUAUCAAUUAAGGGAAGAUUGGUGGGCACUUAAUAGACAAGAUGUAUGGAAAGCUAUCACGUGCGACGCACAUGACUCUCGUUAUAGGAAAAUGGGAGCAGAUGGCAGUAUAACAGAAUCGGCUAUGAGACAAUGUAGAAACGUUGCAGAUGUUCCCACUAAUUUCGAUUAUGUGCCGCAGUAUCUUCGCUGGUUCGAGGAAUGGGCAGAAGAUUUUUGUCGUAAACGAAAACAUAAAUUAAAGGAUGCGAUACAAAAAUGUCGUGGACAAGAUGGAACCGGUAAGGACCGAUAUUGUGAUCUUAAUAGGUAUGAUUGUAAGAGAACUAUAAGUGCAAAACAUGAACUUGUGCAAGGAGAGGAAUGUAAAAAAUGUUCUGUUGUAUGUAUUCCUUUUGGACCCUGGAUAGAUAACCAAAAACAAGAAUUUGAAAAACAAAAAAACAAAUAUACAAAUGAAAUAAACAAAAAGCAUGAUGAAACAACAAAAGAAAUAUCAGGUAAUAGAAGGAAAAAACGAAGUUUGACUACUAAAAAUUAUAAAGGAUAUGAUGAAGAAUUUUAUAAAAUAUUUAAAGAUGAAUAUCCAGAUGUUGAUAAAUUUUUAGAUUUAUUAAGUAAAGAAACAGCAUGUGAAUCUCAACCUUAUGAUGAACCAAGAACAAUUUCAAUUAAUUUCAAAAAUUAUAAGAACCCUGAUAUAUUUUCUCAUACGGAAUAUUGUCAAGCAUGUCCGUGGUGUGGAAUGACAUGUACCUUUGAUGGUAAAUGUACAAAAAACCCAGAGGAAUUAUGCCACCAUAAAAUUGUUCAAAAAGAAUACCCUGAUACAAAUACUACCGAUAUACCAAUACUUACACCUGAUACAACAAAAAGUAAUAUCGUAGAAAAAUAUAGAAAUUUUUGUAAUAGUAGUGAUGAUAAUAACAGUGAUCAAAUUAAUAAUUGGCAAUGUCAUUAUGAUGAAAGUAAGAAAAGUGGACAAAAUGAUAAUUGUGUAGAAGGAACAUGGCAAAAUUUUAAAAAGGAUCAAAAGGUUACGUCUUAUAAUGCUUUUUUUUGGAAAUGGGUUUCAGAAAUGUUGGACGAUUCUAUAAAAUGGAGGGCAGAACUUGAUAAAUGCUUAAAAAAUGAUAAGAAAACAUGUGGAAAAAAAAAAUGUAAUAGAGACUGUAAAUGUUUUAAAAAAUGGGUUGAACAAAAAAAAGAAAAGGAAUGGAAGGCAAUAAAAAAACAUUUUAAAAAGCAAAAAGAUAUGAUAGAAACUGGUAUGCCUCCUGAAAUGGCACUUAAAAUUCUUUUAAAUGAUGUUUUUUUGCAAGAUAUGGAAAAAGCUCAGGGAGAUCCACAACACAUAGCGAAAAUUAAAGAACUUUUGAAAAAAAAUGAUGAGAAAGUAAAUAAUCUUUCCAAUAUGGAAACAAUAUUUGAUUUCCUACUCCAAGAGGAAGAACAAGACGCCCAAAAAUGCGUAUCAAAUAAUCCAGAAAAAUGCGAAGAAACGCAAAAACCACCAACAGAUGGAGCUCCUGGUGGCGCCGGCCCCUCACCCGACACCGGCACAGACGACAACCUCGAGGACAUCGACUCCGAUGGUGAAGAAGACGAUGACGUGUCUCACGUCGACGAGGAGGAGCCGGAGGACAACCCGGUGGAGGGGUCGUCGGAGGAGGAAAAACAAGAGGUGGUGAAGGACACGGAGGCGGCGGUACCAAAACAAGACACACAACCAAAAGAGGAAGUAAAUCCAUGUAAAAUAGUUGAAGAACUAUUUAAGAGCACCAAAAAUUUUGAAGAUGCAUGUGGUCUCAAAUACGGCAAAAACUACGGCUGGAAAUGUGUUCCUACCACAAGUGAUAAAGGUAGUGAACCCACUGCUCGUGGUCACUCACAUGUCGCACGUAGUGCCGACGGUGCCCCUAGUGGUGAUAAGGACGGCGCCAUAUGUAUCCCACCAAGGAGGCGAAAACUAUACCUACACAAAAUAGAAGGCGUCGAUACCACCGACGACAAGUCAUUACGUAAGUGGUUUAUCGAGAGUGCCGCUGUGGAAACUUUUUUUUUAUGGGAUAGAUACAAGAAAUUGAAUACACCACAAAGUGGGUCACCACUACUCGGAGGUGGAUUACCAGGAGUUGGUGUUGAAAACGGCGACGACGAAAACAACCCCGAAAAACUGUUACAAAAAGGUGAAAUACCUGAUGGUUUCUUGCGACAAAUGUUCUAUACAUUAGGGGAUUAUAGGGAUAUAUUAUUUAGUGGUGAUAAAGACAAGAAGAAUGGUUACAGCGACAUAGUUAGUGGUGAUAAUGUAAUUAAGGAAAGAGAAAACACAAUAAAAGAAAAGAUAGCGAGUUUUUUUCAAAAUGGCAACAAAGAAGGUACUCCUCAUGUCCCCAAAAACCCCGUCCAAACACCACAAACCUGGUGGAAAGACAACGCAAAACACAUUUGGCAUGGAAUGAUAUGUGCCUUAACCUAUGAAGAGAAGACAAGUGGUAGUGAUGGCGAAAAAAAAAUAGAAAAGGAUGAUGCAGUGUACAAAAAAUUUUUUGGCACCCCAAACGGAAACCCUCUCCCCCAACCUGGCACAAACGGCACCUCCAACGAGCCCAUCUCCCAAUACCAAUACGACCAAGUGGUACUUAAAGAAGAAAACAAUGGUGCCAUGUCUACCAGUCCCAAAUCCACCUCCGCAGCCCCUAGUGAUAACACCCCCACCACCCUCACCCAAUUUGUGUUACGCCCCACCUACUUCCGAUACCUUGAAGAAUGGGGUCAAAAUUUUUGUAAAGAGAGGAAGAAGCGCUUGGCACAAAUUUAUGAGGAUUGUCGUGGUAAUGACAAGGUUUGUAGUGGGGAUGGCGAAGAUUGUGAAGAGGUUCGUAAACAGGAUUAUAGUAAAAUUUCGAAUUUUAAUUGUCCCGGUUGUGGAAGAGAAUGUAGAAAAUAUAAAAAUUGGAUAAAAACAAAAAGAACAGAAUUUGAUGAACAAAAAAAGGCAUAUGUUGACCGAAAAGACAAAUACAAAACAGAAAAUAAGGGUGCUGAAAGUAAGCAUCAUAGUAUAUCUGAUCAAAAUUUUGUUAAAAAGCUUGGUACUGAUUAUGCGUCUAUUGAAUCAUUUUUGGAAAAGUUAGGAUCAUGUUCUAAAAAUAAUAAGGAUAAUGGAGACGGUACAAUAAAUUUUAAGGAACCAGACGUAACAUUUAAACCUGCAGAUAAUUGUAAACCAUGUUCUGAAUUUAAAGUUAAAUGUGAAAAUGGUAAAUGCAGUGGUGGUGGUAAAAAAGUGAACUGCAAUCGUAAAAAUACUAUUGCUGCAACAGAAAUUGCAAAUAUGAUAAAUUCUACUGAAGGAGUUUUUAUGACUGUUAGUGAUAACAGUGACCACAAAUUUGAAGGUGGUUUAGAGCCUUGUGGAAGUGCAAAUAUUUUUAAAGGUAUUAGAAAAGAUGUAUGGAAAUGUGGUGAAUACUGUGGUGUAGAUAUAUGUGAACCGAAUACCUUUGAUGGGAAACAAAAUGGUAAAGAAUAUAUACAAAUUAGAGCAUUGCUUAAACGUUGGGUAGAAUAUUUUUUAGAAGAUUAUAAUAAAAUUAAACAUAAAAUUUCACAUUGUAUGAGAAAGGGUGAAAAAACCAUAUGUAUAAAUGACUGUGUAGAAAAAUGGAUAAAUAUAAAAAAAAAAGAAUGGGAAACAAUACGAGAACGUUACGUCAAACAAUAUACAACUGGUCAUUCAGAUAUUUACAAAGUGACAAGUUUUUUGGAGGACCCACAGUUUCACAAUGAAGUUCUGAAAGCUAUAAAACCUUGUGGUGAUUUAGAUAAGUUUCAAAAUUCAACUGAUUGUACUGUCGCAGGGAGCUCAGAAAAUGGAGUUACUAACAAAAAGGAUAUCGUAGAAUGUUUGCUUGAAAAUCUUAAAACAAAAGCAAAAACUUGUCCAAACCAAGCUAAUGGCGAAAACCAAACGUGUGAUUCCCUCCCUCAUGUUGAAGACGAUGACGAUGAGGAACCCCUUGAAGAAACAGAAGAAAAUACUGUGGAACAACCGAACAUUUGUCCGCAACUACCAAAACCACCACCACAACCAGGGGAUGAAGACGGUUGUAAACAGGCAUCACCAGCACCUAGUGAAGGCACAGAGAACCAACCCCCUGUGAUCAAGCCCGAAGAAGAAGCACCGGCACCAAGAACCCCAAGACCUCGACCAAAACCCCCACAAGAACCCCAACCCUACUUACCACCCGCAUUAAAAAAUGCCAUGUUAUCUUCUACCAUCAUGUGGAGUAUUGGCAUCGGUUUUGCUACAUUCACUUAUUUUUAUCUAAAGAAAAAAUCCAAAUCAUCUGUUGGAAAUUUAUUCCAAAUACUGCAAAUACCCAAAAGUGAUUUUGAUAUACCGACAAAACUUUCACCCAAUAGAUAUAUACCUUAUACUAGUGGUAAAUACAGAGGCAAACGGUACAUUUACCUUGAAGGAGAUAGUGGAACUGAUAGUGGUUACACCGAUCAUUAUAGUGAUAUUACUUCCUCUUCCGAAAGUGAGUAUGAAGAAAUGGAUAUUAAUGAUAUAUAUGUACCAGGUACUCCUAAAUAUAAAACAUUGAUCGAAGUAGUACUAGAACCUAGUGGUAACAACACAACAGCUAGUGGUAACAACACAACAGCUAGUGGUAAAAACACACCUAGUGAUACACAAAAUGAUAUACCAAGUGGUGAUACACCUAACAAUAAACUUACAGAUAAUGAGUGGAAUACAUUGAAAGAUGAAUUUAUAUCUAAUAUGUUACAAAGUGAACAACCAAAGGAUGUACCAAAUGAUUAUAGUAGCGGAGAUAUUCCAUUCAAUACACAACCGAGUACUUUAUAUUUUGAUAAUAAUCAAGAAAAACCUUUUAUUACUUCUAUUCAUGAUAGGGAUUUAUAUACUGGAGAAGAAUAUAAUUAUAAUGUUAAUAUGAGUACUAAUAGUAUGGAUGAUAUUCCAAUAAGUGGUAAAAAUGAUGUAUACAGUGGUAUAGAUUUAAUUAAUGACACGUUAAGUGGUAACCAUAAUGUUGAUAUUUAUGAUGAAUUGUUGAAACGAAAAGAAAAUGAAUUAUUUGGAACAAAACAUCAUACAAAACAUACAAAUACAUAUAAUGUCGCCAAACCUGCACGUGACGACCCCCUACACAAUCAAUUGAAUUUGUUCCAUACAUGGUUAGAUCGACAUAGAAAUAUGUGCGAAAAGUGGAAAAAUGAUAAUGAGCGGUUAGCCAAAUUAAAAGAAGAGUGGGAAAAUGAUACAUCAACUAGUGGUAACAAACAUAGUGACAUACCUAGUGGUAAACUAAGUGAUACACCUAGUGAUAACAACAUACAUAGUGAUAUUCAUCCUAGUGACAUACCUAGUGGUAAACUAAGUGACAUACCUAGUGAUAACAACAUACCUAGUAGUAAUAAAACGUUAAAUACUGAUGUUUCUAUACAGAUAGAUAUGAAUAAUCCCAAAACUACAAAUGAGUUUACAUAUGUGGAUAGUAACCCCAACCAAGUGGAUGACACCUACGUGGAUAGUAACCCUGACAAUUCUUCUAUGGAUACUAUCUUGGAGGAUCUGGACAAACCAUUUAAUGAACCCUAUUAUGAUGUGCAAGAUGAUAUUUAUUAUGAUGUACAUGAUCAUGAUACAUCAACUGUGGAUACUAAUGCUAUGGAUGUUCCUAGUAAAGUACAAAUUGAAAUGAGUGUAAAAAAUCACAAAUUGGUGAAAGAGAAAUAUCCUAUAGGAGAUGUAUGGGAUAUAUAA